CUUUGGAGUCCUAAAUCAAAAAACUCCAAUACAGAGGAAGCAGAAUAUUGUCUCUACUACUUACUCUACGUCUAGUUAAAACAAAGAGAGGCCAGGGAGAUCCACCCUUAUGAAUUAACUUUAUAUAUUUUAAAAUAAGCUUCUUCCAGAUAAAAAUCUUAGCAGUGAUACAUGUGGACUUUUUAAACGAUACAUGUGGACUUUUUAAACGUCCACAUGUAUCACUUUUUUGUGUCAACGUUUGUUUAAUGGCUAUGAUAAAAAAAAUUAGAACAACAAUUAUGUUAUUCUUUUUUAUUAACUGCAAAAUCCACGUGAUAUCUUACCCCAUAUAGUAAGACAACUUACCUGAUGGUGGGGCAACUUGUCACAUGUUCACACUCUCUAUUUGAUUGCUUAUAACUCUGCACUGACACAAGAUAUGACAAUGACAUGAAUACAAAAUAUAUACCCGAGACUUUGGUCUUUCAUCUGGUACACAUUUGGUUUAUAUAUGAUGUAUUGAUUCCAAGAUAUAUAAGAGUGUAAAAAGUGUGACAACAAGCCCCAGUCUCCCCUACUAUACAGCAUUAUACUUUACUUUUCUGUAUAUAGUCUAUGUGUAAAACUGGAUCCCUGAAGCAACGGUAGGUGGCGGUAUGCUCAUUCAAGUAAGGAUUGUGAAUCGUCAAAAACACCACGAAGAAGAAAACGGACCAAUCACAAUUUAGGGCAGCGUGUUGAAUCGGUGAUUUGAGCCAAAUCUUCCCUCUGUUUACCCUGGACUCUGCAGAAUUUUAAAGCAAUAUCCGCGAAUAAGGUGUACAUGGGAUUAGACACCCUGAAAUUAUGAAGCUGACGGACAUAAAGAAGUUAAAAGUGGUGGAGCUGCGGUCCAAACUUAAAGAACUUAACUUGGACACUAGAGGACUUAAAGCCGAGCUGGUGGAGCGGCUGUGGUCCGCUUUGGAUGAAGACCAGAGGAAGAGAGACGGUGAGGAGGAAGAACCAAAACAAGACGAGGACUCAGUUUUAGCUUUUACAGCACCAGAGACCGUCUGUGCACACAUUUCUUCAGCCUCUUUACCGACAGGAACGGAGGUUAUACUGCGGCGUAGACCUGAAUGUGUCAGAAAGUACACGGACUCUGCAACUCAGACUGAGAGUAAUCCUGGUCCACCAGCAGAACCACUACAACGAGGCUCUGAGAGAGGGUCCGAGGGAGAGGCAGGAGAUCCAGGAGAGGACCCGGGAGUUCAGUCACCAGAGGAGGGGGUCAGAGGAAGAGCCUUUUACGAGUUCAAAGAGGAGAUACGCUAUAAAAGGUGAAUUGACAAGAACACCAUCACAAUAAAAGCUCCUGUGAGGAACUUAUUAACGCUUUGUAGAAGUUAAUUUGGUUUGUUUACCUCAUGUAGGGGAGAGUGGGGUAAGUUGAGCCACCCCCUGUUGCUGGGAAAUGGUCAAAGAAAUUGAUCAUCUGACCAACUAUUUGGGAGAUGGACAUCAAUUCAUGGAGUCUGUGAAGGUUAGAAGAACAUGGGUGAAGGGGUUAGACAUUUAUUUACAAAAAAAAAAAAACAUUUUUCACUCUUGAAAGUGAAUUUAGUCUGUCAUAAGUUUGAUUAGAAUUGUGUUCAGAUCAAAAAGAUCAUUUUAAAUUUGUUUUAUACAUCAAUUGUGGUACCGAUGAGCUACAACAUGAAGUCAAAAACCUAGCAUUAAAGUCCACCAUUUUAGCCAAGAGGACUAAUAAAGUCAUUAUAGUAGUUCUGGGGUAAGUUGAGCCAGUGGUUCAACUGAGAAAGGGAGGAACUUACCCCGCUCCUAUGAUGGGGUAAGUUGAUCAUAGGAGACCACUUUAUUUUGGCAUGCUAUAUUAUCAAGACAGUUCUGUUUACACUCAUUCUGUUGGUUUGCAGGGAUGAACAACAUCUUGAAAUAUAUGCAGAUACACUAGUUAGAGACAAAACUAUGAUUGCCUUGAUGUAGUGAUCUGAAAUAUGAAAAUGGCUCAUCCUACCCCACUCUCCUCUACUGAAAUUCUGUAAACACUUCAUUCAGAUAAAACGGUGGGUGAAAGACUAAGCAGCUGGAUUUUUACAGCAUUAAAUGUGUUGACACAGCAGUGACACAGAGUUUAAGUUCAAAAUAGUCUUAAAUCUAAAGAAAACAAAUUCUUUCAAUUCAAGAUUGCAUCAGUCAGUGUUCAUUUAGUGACUAGUUAUGGUUUUAAAUUCAGUGUUUGGUCACAGUAUGCUAAGAUCUUUACUUUAAUCCUAAACCUAACUCUUAACAGCAUUUUUGCCACAAAUUCAGAACAGCUGAUAAUGACUUUUGGAGCAUUUCUUAACCAUUGCAGUACCACUGUUAACUUGCUUUAAACUUACUUUUUUUUUAAUCUCAUCUGACUUUUUAAGAAGGGUGUCAUAAUAAAACAGCAUAUGUCCAUUCAAUCAGAGCCAGGUCACCACAACCUCCGAUGGAGAGAGAGCAGGCAGCAGAAGAAAAUGAGGACAGAGUCGGACUAAAUUUGUGUAAGUCUCUAGACUUCCUUUAUCGUUUCCUGAAGUAAAUCAGUCAGAGUUGUGAGUUAUUUUUGUGGUUAAAAAUGAGCUAAAAUGUACAGUUUGACUGAAAAAUGUUGACAGAUUUUGAAGCUUAACUUUCGUUGUUGCUUGCACAGAUGAUCGUCACCUCCAUUUUGAGGUGAGUCAUGACGGGACCUGCGGCCAACCACAUUUCUGGGAAAGAUUCCCCCUACUGUGGUCGGGCUGCAGGCUCACCCAUGGGGUGCUGAAAGGCAAAGUGGGCUUUGAGGUGAGACUGGAGAGGAAGCUGUUGACCACACAGGAGGGGAAAGAUGCAGACAUGGACCCAUAUGGCCUGAGAGUCGGCUGGUCGAUGGCUAACAGCUCUCUUCUGCUAGGUGAAGAUAUGAAUAAGAAUAACUUUAUUUUUCUCUGAAGGGGAAUUCAAUUUAUUUCAGAAUGGAAAACAUUUUUCUGUAGAUUUGUAUAUUCUUGCUGAUCUCCAAUGCUUUUUUGUUACUCUGGUUUUCUGUUUGUCUCAUACCAGGUGAAGAUGAACUCUCUUUUGCUUAUGAUAGGCGUGGUAAAAAAGUUUCAGGUGGGAAGGAAGAAGACUUUGGAGAGUGCUUCUCAGAAGGAGAUAUCCUCGGCUGUUAUGCUGUGAGUGACUUUUUUAGUUUUUUCUUUUAUCAAAUCAAAUCUUUAUUUAUUUUAUUUAAACUUUAUUUAUAGAGCGCUUUUCAUGCAUGGAGAAUAUGCAACACAAAGUGCAUUACACACAUAGAAACAUAGAAAAACAAUUACAAACAAAGCCCCACCCUCCCUCCAUAACACACGCACACACACCUGCACACUCUCACUACUGACAAAAGGGAGACAUGCCAUGACACUGAGGAUUGAGGAAGCGCCAGCUUUGGGGCCAUACACACAGUGUGUAGAAUUAGUGACAUGUUGCAGAACAGACUUGGUAGACAUGAAUAAUAUUAAUCAGUAUGUUAGAGUUAGCCCCUGGAAUACAAAACAUUGUUUUUUCACCUGAAUUGAGCCUUUUUGAUCUACAUUAGGAGAAGGUCCUCUUUCAUAGUGGCUGCCCCACUAUUCACUUAGUUUUGAGAAGGUGGCUGCUGUUGAAGCCCUGGUUGGAAGAUUAGGACAAGGGUAGUUGUUGUGCAACAAAGAAUUUGAAUUAAUUUUUUAGUUUUUGAUGGUGAAAACUUGACACACUGAGGAUCACACUAGCCGUGCUUUCCAAGAACUCCCUUUUCUCAAAGGCUACUGUCACUUUAAGGACAGUAGGGGUGAGCAAGGUUGCAUUUCAAUCCAGAAUCUGUGCACUAGAUAUUGCUAAAUAUUCAAUGUCUAUACACUGUACCUUUAAGUUGGCAUACACCACUGCCAUAUAUCAAAUUUGUGUGUGUGUGUGUGUGUGUGUGUGUGUGUGUGUGUGCGUUUGUCUACAGACUUUCCUCACAGAUGGUGCUGCUGAGCUCUCCUUCCACAAGAACGGUUGUUUCAUGGGUGUGGCCUUUAAGCUGAGCUCCUCCAUGCUGAAGGGCGGAGCUCUAUUUCCUCAUGUUUUCUGUAAAAGCUGCUCAGUCAGACUCCACCUGGACUCCACGGUCCCUCCGUGGUACCCUGGACCACUUGGGUUUACACCACUGGCAGCUCUUUCUAGUGAGCAGAGGGUGCACACCACCACAGGUCCUGCUGUUGGGGUACAGUCUGAGGUGAGACUCAAAGAUCCAUCCUUAUAGGACUGUGGAUACAUGUUCAAAAUGUUGCUGUAAUCAAUCAAUCAAUUAAAAUAUUUUUUAAUGCAUGAUAAAAACUGCUAAUAAAUGUCAUUACAUUUGACUUUCUUUUUCUCUUCCUCCAGGUCUUACUGAUGGUCGGUCUUCCUGGAUCAGGGAAGACUCAGUGGGCUCGGUCUCACAUGAAGCAGCAUCCAGAGAAACAGUACAAGCUGCUGGGCACAGAGGAGCUGCUGGCCUGUGCAAUCGUCAGUCAAACUUCUAGUCCCGCUCAUAUUUAUCUCCACAUUCACAUAUGAAGUUAUUUUUUUACCCACUGAACUAAACUGUCACAUUGUGUGUUUGUGUUUCUGCAGCAUGGUGGUCAGAGCGAUGCCAGGCUGCAGCAGGCCUCUCAGUGUCUCACAGAAUUGAUCAAAAUUGCUGCUCAGACCCCAGGAAACUAUAUCCUUGACCAGGUAGUGCUUCAUACUUGAAGAUGUGCGGAUUUAACUCCUUGACAGGGUUCAGCAUGCUUGGAUUGAACUAGUUUAGUAGUUGGGAAAGAGUUUAAUUUAGACAACAUAAAAAGAAAGCAGAUGUAAUGAAUUCUGCUAAUACACUCUUUUAAACAGCCUCUCUCUGCUGUGGUUCAUUGUGUCAAAGUUGUUUUUUUUCUCACAAACUGGUAGAAAAACGAGGCUUAGGGGAUCAGCUUAAACCAUGUUUAGUUCCGCACGAAGCACAGCCAACAUAUUUCUGAGCGAUAUUAGGGAAAAUUGGAUUGUCACUUAUAGAAAGUUUCAAUGAUAUGACACAGCCCCUUUCAAAUUUCACAGUAAUGUCACUUUUUUGCCAAUCAUUUACUCCCAAACUGUUCAAAGUGGAUGAAAUUACAUCUAGUCUCAGAGAAGUGUUUGUCAUUUAGUCAUAGGAGGAGAAAUUUUGGUUUCCAAUUGAUGCCCUGACUUCAUGCAGCUUGAAAAAUGCAUAUUUCUCAGCUCUCUCAGCAAGUCUUUUUCGUUAUCUCUCCAAUUCCAGUGCAACAUCCUCUUCUCUGCACGGCGCCACAAGCUGCAGCUGUUUUCAGGCUUCAAGCGCCAAGUGGUGGUGGUCUUCCCGUCAGCAGAGGAGUGGAGAAGACGACUAUCACAACACCAGACAGGCGACAGGGAGAAGAUCCCUGAGACUGCUCUGCUCAAACUGCAAGGUCUGUCUCACAGCUCAGGGAACAAACAGAACGAGACCUUCAUAGUAUCUCAUAUAUAAAAUUCUAAGAACAAUCCCAGCGUGUUUGUCCUCUUCAGCCAAUAUAACCUCCUCUAGCAAACUUUACUUUUAUUUUUCACCUCUGUAUUUUAUUUUCCUCACUCUGAACUACUUAAAAACUUCUUCACUGUGAUCUCUACUAAAGCUGACACCCAACACAGUUAUUAAGCAGGAAUAACAGCGACACGGCUUUCUGUCUUCUCUAUAGUGAGCUGUAGUCUCCCUGAUCAACACAGCGAGCUGCAGGAGGAGCUGCUGUAUGUGGAGCUGCCUCAGGAACAGGCACAGGGGCUCCUGCAGGGGUAUAAAGAUGAGGCUCGCAGACUGCUGCCCCCCAUCCCCAAACAGGAGAAGAAGAAACCCCGACUUAACAAGAAAAGACCCUACCCCUCAGGUAUACUCACCUCCAACAGGAUCCAGUGGAGUGGACAUUAUGGUCCAUAAAGUCCACUGAGAUACUUUAAUGAACAGUAUUUUCAGCUCAUGAGUGGUAAAGGAUGUUUAAUUUCUGUCUCUUUAGGGUGGCACAGCAUGAGUAUGCAGCCAUGGAGGCAGCAGCCAACAUAUGUGAGUGCUCGAAAGAACAGGGUUUGAAGGGAGCUAAAAGCUUCAGUGUGUGAGUUUAGUAUGAGGGCUGAGAUAUUUGGUCACUAUGCAUGACCUUAAAAUAGAAACACUAUCUGAAGGGUCCUGGGUUUGAAUCCUGAUCAGGGUAUUUUACAUUAUGAACAGCGAACAUACCAGUUUAAACACAUAUAAAAGUUAAUAAAAGACACGCAACACUAAAAGUUUUGGUGUGAAUCACAAUAUAAGGGGGGACAUGAGCUGCUUGGCGAGGUCUGCGCUCUCCGAGUGCUUUUCUAGUUAUUGAUAUUAUAGUUAGAUACUUUUCUCAGCUAUUUAUAUUAUGUAAGUUUGAUGUUCUCAGGACUUAAGCUGGGUUUAUGUAAGGGCACACAAGAGACAUAAUGGUUCAAAAGGAUAAGGGCAGGAAGGAAGGGGUAAAGCAGUCCCUAAACCCAAGACUAAGUACCUUAUUUCUUUCAUACUUUAACAAAGUUUAAAAUACAAUUAAGUCAGAAUUUUGAUCAAAUUUCAUCAAUGGAUGAAGUAAACACUCUCAUAAGGUUGAUCUUAUGUCACCUCAUAAGGGUGGAUCUCCCUGGCCUCUGUAUGUUUAAACUAGACGUAGAGUAACUAAAAGAGACAAUAUUCUGCUUCCUCUGUAUUGGAGUUUUUUGAUUUAGGACUCCAAAGACUUCAUGUUUUGCAGAAAUCAUUUUUCUAGAUGUCAGACCCAAAAACCUUUAAUCCUCCUUUUCUGUUACUUUUUUCAGUGGACCGUGUACCAGGACCAGAACUUCUACCACAGGGGGUUUUGCGACAGUGGGUACAAAAGUUACUGGUGAAGAAACCUGGAGCGAGAAGGAAGCAAUGGGCAUAUUUUGACAUUAAGAAAUCAUUUUAAUGAUACUACUUAACUUAAAUGAGAGAUACCUACAGUUUUGCAAAGAUAAUCAGUUUUUAAAAUUCUUUAGUUUUAAAUUUUAUGCAAAGAUUGAAAACAAAAAAAACAGGAAACUUUUGGGAUUUUAUUUUUCAAAAUGUACAAAUUUAUUUUUCAAAAUGUACAAAUUUGUUUGUUUCUCUUGUACAGUUUAUAAAUUGUUUUUAAAAAAGUCUUUUGCACAGUUUCAGUAGCAGUAUUGGUGAGAAAGUAAAAAAUUGACAAAGUUCUAAAUUCCUGAGCUCUCUGUUGAUGAGUUUGUACAUUUGUACAUCAUAUGGGUUUAUUUCCCAACAUGCCGUGUCAUCUGCUCGUGCUUCGCUCUCCGUCAGGCUUGACCGUCUGAUACAGCAGCACAGCUCCUUUAGCUGAAGGACACAGCUCUGACCACAGAGGGCUGCAUCUGUCCAGCUGCAACACAUCCUGCAAAUUUAAAGGACAAACAAAAGACAUCUUUGUCAAAUAUUUGAGAAGUGAUGUUGAUGAAGUAUUAAUCUCGAAUCCUGUCUUUAAAGACUAGAACGUUACUUCUCUGCUCAGAAAGACGAUAUCUGUGGACUCAUUGGCUUCAGCUCCUCCUUUCCAGUACAACUCUCUGACUUCAUCUGAUGUCAACGAGCAGCUGCAGUCACAAAGAUUUCACUGUUGUGUGUUUUAUGGCUCUUCAAAGCUGACAGUCAUCAAUUAUAAUGUGCUACAUGUUUCUUAAGUCUGCUUAAGCCUCCAGACAAUUUUAUUCACGACUCCACAAGAACUCACAGCUUCAGUGUAAUUUAGAAAAAGUACCUGACAUAGAACUCAGCACUUGGUCUGCCGGCGCUUAUGUGAUUCAGAGCGAUACCCAUCAGGACCGGCUCUCCAAGGGAGCUCAGAGGAAUAUUCACCUGCACAAAUACAGAGGGAGAGUCAGCAUGCCUCAGACAAUGAAGAUAUUAAAACAAUGAAACGACCGCUGUGACAGACAAUCAAACUUCUAUAAAAAGGAGUGACUGAGUGAGUGGACUUCAGAGGCAGAGAAACCCACCUCGUCUCUGAUCUCAGCGCAGACAGAUGAGUAAAGCUCUGAGACAACAGCCUUCGGCUGCAUCAUGUCCACAUUGAUCUGUUCCUCCUUUACCGCCCAUCCCAAAUGCUCGCACACCACCUGAGGAGAGCAAGAAUGACGUGAAGCAACUUUGACUGUGACCAGGAAGAGUCAAAUCAGAAGCACCUAUCAGUGAUGAUGCAGUAUUCAGUAUGCCAUACAACAAACCAAAUCAGGAAUUGUAUUUCUCAAACCUCUGUAGACUUUGUUUAAAAUAUUAUAGACACACGGUACCACACAUUUUUUUAAUCCUUUUUUAAUUCAAUCUACAACUGUACUCUAAUUUGAUUUUAUUUUUUUUGCCUCAGAUUUAUGUGUCACCUUCAGUGAAGGUGUCUCGUGUUACAAGAGAGAAGGCUUAUAUUACAGCCUGGCUUUGAAUAGAUGUCGAGCACUUUGCCGUGUUAUUUUUUAAUCUUGAUUUCUUUCCUUUCUUUGCUGGGUUGUUUUUCAGUGUUCAUGUAACUGCAGUUAAAUUAAUACAAUAUACCGUAUGUUGAAAGACUAUGUUUUCCUCUUGAAAAAUAAACAGUUCAAAAAAGUAGGAAACAACAAA